UCUCUCUCUCUCUUUCUUUUGUGUCGUGAAAACAAAACAAAAAUCUGGCCAACUUGGUUGCGUUGAGAUGAUAAAACUAUUGUUCUGUUAGGCCUUGCAGAAGUGGAUACUAAGCUGAAAACAUUCUUGCAAUAUUGUCAGUUCCAUAAAUCGUCUUCGCUGAAUUGAUUUGUGGUAUCCCAGCGUUCCACAGAAGUGAUCACCAGAGAUGUGAACAGUGUGACCUCGUCCACCUACAGGUCAAACACACAAGUCUCAAAGAAAGAACAUUGUCGACUAAUGCAUGGGUGGCUGUGUGACCAAAUCUUCCUUUACUGUCAACAAACCACAGGAUAUUAGGCUAGCUAGGUUGCACCCAUUUCUGUUUAGCAAAAGUGAUGCAGAGCAGGUCCUACUGAGCUCAGAUGAGGGGGACUAUUUGCUGUAUAUUGACCAUGACAGUGAGAGAAUCAUGCUAUCUGUCAGAAUGAACAGUUACAUCCGACACUAUAGAAUCACAGAGCUGAAUGGAUUGUACUAUCUGGAAGGUCAGCCGUAUGCAUACUUGGACUCCAUCAUUUUGUAUCAUCGUAAAGUCAAACUUAAUGGAGGCAAACUUAAUAAGCAGGCUCACUUAAGUGCCAGGGUGGUACAGAAUUUCGCUCACAGAGUGGCAAGGUCUAAUGGCAAUAUGCAACGCUUCACCAAUAAAAACAGUCCAGAUUUCGAAUCACCUUUGUCCACUGGUUGUCUCCUUGUGCCAUCCGCCACUCGGCCCAGUAGGAAACAUUCUCGCACAAACUCGUAUACAUCAUUGUUGACAACUUCUUCUGACUCGACAUGCAAGCAGCAACGAUUGUAAGGUGAAGCCAAGAGUUGCCUAAAAGCUUUUUUUUUUUAUCACGUCUUUACAUUAGCAACUGAAAUUUUGUUUUGGAAACAUAAAAGUGCUGGAAAAUGGAUAAUUGUGUCUAGUCAAAUUGAUCUCAAUAACUUCAAGUAUCAUACAUUGUAUCUUAUUGUUGUACUGCCCAUGUACAACAAAGUAUUCUUGGGUCUAUUCAUUUUCAUGUCAGAUAUUCUAUAGUCUUUCUGGUACUGAAUGUUAACUUAUAAGACACUCUUCACUAGGACAUGUUAAUGGAGUCAGACAAUUGUCCUUGAUGCACAUAAUCUACUUCCCUAAAAUGCUUGAUUUCCACUCUAAGAUUGCUGCCAUGUGUUUAUGUAUGCAUGUAAAAAAAAAACAAUUGUGUUGUAAGAAUGUUUCACUAUUUCAUGUGUUUGCAAAGAAUUGUUUUGCAUUUAUUGCUUAAUAUUGAAAUGUGAUUGUGUUCCAAAAAAUGUGAAACUUGUUUGAUCUACACUUUUGUAAUUUGUAUUUGUCACAUAGACUCACUCACCUAUGAAUAUGUCAAUGCUACAAUGAAGAUUUUUUAAAUUUUUUUUUUUGAUGUAGAUGAGGAAAAUUUAUAUGACAUAAAUAUGGCAGCUCUUUAUCUUGAGCAAGUGUUUUUAUUUGAAUAGUCCCCCCCUUAUUUGGGAUCAGGUAAAGAUUAUUUUUGGCCAGUUGAAAGAUUAUAUGGCCAGUUAAAAGAUUAUGUUGCCAGUUGAAAGAUUAAAUUAUGUUGGCCAGUUAAAAGAUUAUGUUGACCAGUUGAAAGAUUAUGUUUGCCAGUUGAAAGAUUAUGUUGGCCAGUUAAAAGAUUAUGUUGGCCAGUUGAAAGAUUAUGUUGGCCAGUUGAAAGAUUAUGUUAGCAGUUGAAAGAUUAUGUUGGCAGUUGAAAGAUUAUGUUUGCCAGUUGAACGAUUAUGUUUGCCAGUUGAAAGAUUAUGUUGGCCAGUUAAAAGAUUAUGUUGGCCAGUUGAAAGAUUAUGUUAGCAGUUGAAAGAUUAUGUUGGCCAGUUGAAAGAUUAUGUUAGCAGUUUAAAGAUUAUGUUGGCAGUUGAAAAAUUGUUGGCCAGUUAAAAGAUUACGUUGGCCAGUUGAAAGAUUGUUGGCCAUUUUAAAGAUUAUGUUUGCCAGUUUAAAGAUUAUGUUGGCCAGUUGAAAGAUCCUCCCAGAUUUUGAUUGAAUAAUACACUUUGUCUUGAAAUUGUUGUUAUCCAAUUUCUGGUUGGUAUGUUACUUUAUAUACCAUCUGUCCAGAUUGAGUCUCUUGGAUUAAUGAACUGUUACAAUAUACUACUUAGAAAAACAAAACAGGGUAUGAUAGAAAAAAGGACCAAAAAAGGUUGUCAUUAACUUGUUACACUCUGAGUUGUACAUAUUUAGAUUGAAUCUCCUAUUUAAUUCAACUAUAUUUAUCACGACCUACUAUUUAUAUUAUAUACAGUUUGUUAAGAAAGUAUUUAUUUGUAUUUCUUUGAUGGAUUUGAUGAAGAGUGAACUUUCUGGCUGGCCAGAUUUCUGAAUGUGAUCAAGAAGUCAUGUGAUUUGAAAAUAUACUUAAUUUAUUUCUUUUUCUUUUUGAUUUUGUGAUUUUUUUAAAUUUUUUUUUGGAAUGGUUUCAAGUCUUCUUUUAUAAUUGAUUGAAUUUUAUUUUUGUACCAAAUUUUUUCAAAGUAUUUAUUGAAUGCUCAAUAUUUAACAAACAUACAUUAUUUACAUGCAUGUGUUCUGAAAGAAAUUGAGAGCCCUAUUAUAUCUCAUAAAAUACAGACGUUACUUAAAAAAAAAAGAUGUUUGAAAGAUUAUAUUGGCCAGGUUUCUUUAGUAAGUCUCAAGUAGACAUCAUUUUGAACAGCUGUUGUUUUUUUUCAGACCAGUAAAAAGAACUUUAAAGUGUUUGUAUGAGUCUUGCAAUCUUUCCUGCAAUAAGAAUUAUAGAGAAUCAAUCGUAUGGAAAUGGGUGUAGGGCAGCAGUUCUCAACCUUUAAAGCUCGGCGACCCCUGUUUACAAUACCCCACUCUGCCCUGACCCCCCCUCUCCCCUGCAUACACACAAAGCAAUAGAGGAAUAUACAAAAACAAUAAACUUUUUUGAUGGUCUUUGGCGACCCCUGGCAAAUCAUCAAUCGACUCCCAAGGGGGUCGCGACCCACAGGUUGAGAACCCCUGGUUUAGGGCGUUCUGCAUUGUAGGGGGAGGAGUCAGACCUUUAAAUACUAGUUAAACUAUUUGUAGCUUGACAUCGUAACAUGUAUUAUGACUUUGGACCUAUCUAGAACCCUGCUUACAGUGCUGUUUUUAAGAAAGUGUUUGUACCCAAAUUAAAAACAAAAAAAUUUUACAUUAAACUAGGCAUCAAUAAAACUAGAGAUCAAAGAGCUGCAGGUAUCUUGUGAAACCAAGAGAGCAAAUGAUUUUAUCAAUUUAUUUGUUUCAAUUUUCUGUCUCAUCGCUUUCACAUUGUUAAUGAUAAAAACAAUGUUUAACAAUAAACAAUUUAUCAUUCAGUUUUCUUUGUUACUACCGUCUUUGAUAAUUGAAUUGGAUAUAAAUUUAUUAACAGUUUAGUUGUGUAGACUUCACCUGUCCCUUAGUCUGUUGAGGCACCACACAUAAUCUGAAAACCAUCUCUCACCAUUCCUCUCUGUCUUUUGCCAGGAUUCAUAGGCCUCUGUCUAGUCCUUAAGGGUUGCCCCCCCCCCCUCCCCAUGGUACUGUUUCACUUAGAAAAAGUCAUAGUGAGACUCGAGGAUCUGGUUAUAUGGCUGAAUUAUUUUCAGGACAGUGAUCAGAUGGUUAUAUGGCUGAAUAAUUUCAGGACAGUGAUCAGAUGGUUAUAUGGCUGAAUAAUUUCAGGACAGUGAUCAGAUGGUUAUAUGGCUGAAUAAUUUUAGGACAGUGAUCAGAUGGUUAUAUGGCUGAAUAAUUUCAGGACAGUGAUCAGAUGGUUAUAUGGCUGAAUAAUUUUAGGACAGUGAUCAGAUGGUUAUAUGGCUGAAUAAUUUCAGGACAGUGAUCAGAUGGUUAUAUGGCUGAAUAACUUCAGGACAGUGAUCAGAUGGUUAUAUGGCUGAAUAAUUUUAGGACAGUGAUCAGAUGGUUAUAUGGCUGAACAAUUUUAGGACAGUGGUCAGAUGGUUAUAGCAGAUACCAAUCACUACUGUCAUCCUGUUUCAGAUUUCCCAGUUUGUCAAGUGGUUAAAUUAAUUCUCUGAACAAGAGUAAGAAAGAGACUUGAUGAGGAGACAACCUAAAAAUUUUGAAGAUCUGACAGUGGUCUCUGUGACAUAAUAGUAGUCAUUUUUUUAAAUUAUUUUCCACAUUCUGACAGUAUUAUUAUUUACUCUGACCAUUUGUGGUGCACUAUGUUGCUCUUAAACUUUUUGUCCUUAGUAAAUGUUACAAACAGAGCAGAAUGUUUUGUUUUUGUUUUUUUUAAGAGUUUUGUAUUACUUACCAGUCAGUACCCAUUAGCUCAGAUUCACUAGUUCAUACAUUGUUUCAAUUCAAACGCUGUUUUCAAUGUUUCAAAGUUUAAUUCAAUUUUUAAGCAUUACAGUUUAAAAUUGAAUGACAUUCUAAAAUAUGAUUUAAAAAAUAUGUUCAAAACAGUUUGGCAAAUGGUUAGAAUGAUACAUAGAACUGCAAUAAUAAUAACAUACAAUUUUGUAAAUUGUACUCAGUAAAUCAAUUAGAAAAUAUUUCUUUUGAAGAUUAUGUGAUCAUAAAAUAUAAAAUGUUUCAUUGGCAUGUUUGAUAUUUUGUGCUUGAGGGAAUGUACCUUGUCCACUGAGUACCGGAUGCUAUACAGUUGAUGAAAUGGACUCUAAUGCUAUACAGUUGAUGGAAUGGACUCUAAU